UUAUAUAACUUUUAAUAACCACAACAAACAUAACUUUUGUUAAAUUUGUCAUCCUAAAUUGCUGGAAGGUGCAAAUGUGUGUGUGGGGAGGACUGACGCAGAAUGUCUCACGAUGGCACAAUACGAAAUUAUGCAUAUAUAUAUAUACACACACACACAGGUAGAAAGUAGGUUCAUGUGCAUUUCUGGAUCCCAUUUUUUGCAUUUUCGGCGAAAUAUCAUGCAUGUGACUAAGUUUACUGUAGCGGUUUGACUUCUUACAGCUUUGAUGUCUGCUCAUCGCUAUGUGUACAAUAUCGGAUCAACGUCUGUGCUUAUUCCAAAAAAUGUUUUGUAAUUAAAGUGUUUGGUUUACUGCAUUUAUGUUGCUGAAAUGUUUGAAGGCAUUCUGACAAAGUUGAUGCAAAAUAUUUGCCACCAAAGCUGAAAGUCAUCAAGCAAAGCUUGAAGCAAAAUUAUGUUUAAAAAUGUGUAACCCCAUUCCAAAAAACGACAUAUCCUAUUGAUCAAAAUGAUGAUCAUGUUAAAUAGGAAGGGACAUCAAUUCUAAGUCAUUAACUGUGAUACAAUUGCAUAUUUACAUGCAUAUUUGAAUCACGAACGUCUAACUAAAGAUUUAAUUAAUUCAGUAAAAAUGUGGAAAAAAAGUAUUUCAAUUUUUCAAUUGAAGAAUGAAAGACCACCUCCUCCACUCGCCAUUUUUAACCGCUUGACCAGCCUUAAGGCAAAUAAAUGUAAAUUUUAACAAGUGUAGCCUGAUUUUACAGAAAUAAUUAAACUUUGGGGAAAUUCCCUCAAAAACAAUGUUACAGCGUAACAGAAAAAAACAAACAAUUAUAACGGCUGUCAACUAGGAAAGUGAAGAGCGGUAGCAGAAGAUAUUACGAGCUUUUUUAUUGUCUCUUAAUUAUUUUUGUGUACAUUGUUGACUACAGCUGGAAUCUGUUUCGUGCUCUUGAUGUUUGUCAUUAUUUUAUAAGCUCUGUAUUAACACGUGACACAAGCUUACAUUUCAUAAGCUCUAUAGUAACAUGACAGUCAAGUUUACAUUUAUAUUUAUACUUGAUAUCAAAGUACUUGUACCCGGUCUUGCACUUUUGCUUGCCUCAAGGUGGGAAUACUUUGGAACUAGAGGGCUCCUCAAAAGGAAGGUUUGCUCACUUCGGACAAAGAGACAAGAGGAAAAACUCUUGAUUCAGACACCAUUCAGCUUUCACCAGGGGAGAGGGGCGGGAGUAUAUUGGGAGAGAAAACUCCUCUCUUAUCCUUCCAUAAAUUAACAUUAUAUUUGCAUAUACCACUGCACGAACCUACUUUCGCGACGUUUUGUGAGACACCAGUAGAAAGUUGAGCUUUCGUUUCUACUGCCUGAUAUACAGUGUAUAUAAUUAUAUGCUGGUUUCGUCUUUUCGAGGUAAUUGUGGGUACGUGUGGUAAUUUCUAGAAAAGUGAAAGCGCUAGAAAAAAAAAAAAAGGACGUAUAGUCGAGUUCUCAAAGGCCGACGUGAUAUUAACGUUGACAUAACGUUGAGGUAUGUCUCUCUCUCUCACACACUCUCUCACCAUCUAACCUUUGCCCUGUUACGCAAGAACUAGAAAGCCCCAGUGCGUCACUGUGAACUAGUGUUGCCAAUCACACGUGAUGUAACUGUAGUAUCCACACCACACCUUCAACAAACACGUUGUUUGUCAGUAGCCGACGUUAUCCGAUUGGCGGGAUAUAAAUAGAUCAUGGUGAAUUCCGUUUUCAUUGUGCAGCAGAAGCGUUGGUUCUAAAUAUAGUAACACGAACUCUCUCGUACGGUUGAGUUGUUAGACAAAACCAAAUUAUAUCUCGAGUAUAUUACUCAUUGACGGGUACGUGUGCCCACAGUUCACUCUUUAGAGAACAGUGUCAUUACUUCCUACAAGGUGGUGAAGUCGAGUACCUGACAUUAUCAUCUCUAACCUUCGUUUGUGGUCAGUGAGUAAAUUUGCUUUGAGUGAAUUGAUCGCAUCGACUGACGACAUCAGAGAGGAAAACUGCCGUCCAGCUCAGUGAGAAUCUGUGUAAAGGACUUACAAGGAAUCAAAGUACAACAUGGCAAAUUCAUUAUAUGCUUAUUGGAUGCAAAAAUCACCCCAAAAAAAAUCAUUAAGGAAACGUGUUGAGAACAACAUUGACUUUGACCAGGGCAAGCGAGGUUACCCUAUUUGUUUCAAGAACAAGGAGUCAUUCUACCUGACAGAAUUGCCAGAUCUGAGUCAUUUGCCUCCAAGCUUGAAGCAGCAAGCACUUGAAGGAAUUGAGGACAAGGACAUGAAGCAAGAUCUCCUGGCUGCAAAUCUAAUCAACUGGUGUAGCAACACAAGAUAUCUUCUUCCAUUAACAGUACCAAGAGAUGGAAACUGCUUGCUGCACUCGGUAUCUAUGGCAAUAUGGGGUUUUCUUGAUGACCAGUUUCUUCUUCGACGGCUUUUGUGCUUUGUCCUUAGCACAGACAUAGACCGCCGAUUUUACAGCCGAUGGAUUAGGCAGAGACAGCAGCAGAUAUCUGCACUAGUCAAUCAACUGUUGGAAUCAAAUACUGAGAGCUUGACAAAGGAAUGGAAAGAAAUCGGCGCAUGUCUGGAUCAAGUAAAAUCCGCACCCCCUGCUGCUCCGCAUCGCUUUCUGGAGCCAAUUCAUGUCUACACACUUGCCAACAUUCUACGAAGACCAAUCAUCAUCAUAACAGACCCCAAAGUUCGGACAUUUUGUGGUCUCACCCUCCAGGACAAUGAUAUGGGAGGAAUUUACCUACCGCUAGAGUUCAACUGGUCUGAAACCUGUCGCACACCUCUUUUGCUGGGCUAUGCUCACAGUCACUUUUGUCCAUUGAUUUUAGCCGAACAGACUACUGGACUGUCAGAUUCCAGGAAAAACUUAGUUCCCAUAGUAACAAAAUAUGAGCAGCUCCCUUUGAGGUUUCUGCUAGAGGGAGAGGAGCCUGAGGUGGCAGAGCUGCUAAAGAAGUAUCUGAAGGUGAGAGAGACUGUGAUAACAAUAGAUAAUGAACUUCGUGAAAUUCUUUGUGCUGAAAUACAAACCAAUACCCCACAAAAUGAAUUUAAUCUGAUGAAGGACUACUUCAGGCAGUGGGAGGGGCAAUACAGACUGCAGCAACAGCGGUUCACACCUGUCGCUGGAGACACUUGCUUUUCUACACCACACCAUCAAGGCCAGACAGGAGUGGGGUUGGAGUACCAGCCUCAGCAAAUACUGAGUAGAAUACUGCCGCCAGGAAUGCCACCUGUGGCCAUGCUUCCAGGAGGCCUGCUGGGAUCAACACAAGCACAGCAGAUGAGGCUAGAGCAGCUGCAGAGAACUCCACCAGCACUUUCUCCAGGCAUAGUGCGCUUAGGGGUGGGGAACAGUGGCUUUCCCUUGGCAAGCACAUCUGUUCCACUUCACAGUCCUCCUCCUCCAAAGGUAGGUCAGUUAGAGGGCCAGAAUUUAAGUUCUUUAGAAGGCAGGCAGUGUAUCACACCAAACUGUACAUUCUGUGGGGAUCCAGCUCUUGGUGGGAUGUGCAGCGUCUGCUUCAAGGACUACACCAUCAAGGAUUCUCGCUCAAAUGCUACAAGACUGAUGAUGGCGGAACUGCGUCAGAAUCCAUCAGCACCGCUGUUAUCUGGAAUGGCAGAUGAGGAGAGGUUUGAAAUGUCAAUGAUGGCAGAAAGAUGUCUUGGAAAGUGUGGCUACAGGUGUUCAGUCAAAACCUACCCUUACUGUCAUGAAUGUGCUGAGAAGUAUCGCAGAAAGGCACAGGCAAAGAUCAGUUCUGAAGCACAGGCUAGCAAAAUCAUCUCCACGUCUCAAGCUGCAGCAGCAGGGACAGACAUUUUGCCUUCAUCUUCACGAGCACAAGAGCCAAUCAUCUGCAAUAAAUUUACUUCAGAAGCUGUUAUUGCUGAGGCUUCUUGUGCUGCCCCUAACUCCAGAUCAGAAUCAGUUCUGCAUCAGUCUUCUGCAUCUGCAGGUAACAUAAACGGCAGAGAGGCUGCUGCAUCAGUUGGAAGCCUUGCAUCACCAACCCAGGCUCUUGCAUCUGUGAAUCUUGUUGCACCCCUUACACCACCAGAUGAAGGGGAUCAGGAUUUGUUUGGCUCAGGAGUCAAGUCGCCAGCAUCCUCACGGCACCCAAGUCUUGUAGGUUCCCCCACGCCAGCCACCAUGAUGGACCCACAGCCGAACACAGCACAGCAAGCAGUACCAUUUUCCUAUGAUCAACAGCAAGAAAAUAAGAAUUCAGGUUCAGUACCUACACUCAGAAACCCACCAAAUCUAGAGAUCAAGCAGACAGAGUCACCUGCAAAAUGCAUCCAGGAAGGAUGCCUUGAAAUGGCUGUCAUUAAUAAACUUUGUGGCAGGUGUUUUGUCUGUAGAGAUAGAGAUGAAAGAAAAGGGGAGGAACCUGCUUCAGAGGCACAGGAGGCAAGUAUCAGCAGUGCUCCUCUAGCUCUUGGAGCAGGAAGUUCGUCCCCCAAACCAGGCCUCAUUCAGGGAGCAGAAUUGGCGUUGAACCUGGAAAAUGAAAGCCACAUGUCGAGCGUAAGCAACCAAGCUCAUCCGCAGACUGCACUGAACUAUAACCCAGCUUAUGUUAGAGAGUGGGUGGCUCAGAUCAGUUUAGGAUUUCCAGAUCGUCACGGGAGUGAACUGGGUGAGCAAGAUCGUCACGGGAGUGAACUGGGUGAGCAAGACCUCGUCGCCUCAGGAUUAGCCUGUUUCUCCUCCACGUUUCCUUGCACCAAUUCACAGUGCUCUAACCGAGUUACCAAGCCCAACCAGCUUUGUUCUGACUGUACUGAAAUACUCAACAAGGCAAGAAGAGAGCAAGACUUCACGCAAGAAUCAGCAGCAGAGAAAGCACAGAGGAUUCGCCCAUCCAACACAGUCCAAGCUCCUGCAGCUCAUCAUAACACUACCAAAUCCCAGCUACGACCAGCCACAGCACUCAUAGGCAGACGCGGUAAGCCUUGCUCAGUCCCUAAUUGUGAACUGUUUGGUGACCCGAAGCAAAAUGACAUGUGCAGCAAACACUACUGGAGCACUGUGGGAGCCAGACCGCAGCUGGGCAGAAACAGUUCUAACAUCAGAGUUGCUGGCAACCCAUACGAAAGUGUACAUUUUGCUAUGCCCGAAUCGAUGGGCAGCGCAUGCUGCUUGCAAGGAUCCAUUUCUGUACCGCCACCUUCAUUUCCAGUUGCAGAAUCAUUAGCAAGUGCUGGGAAUGAUGAUUUUGCAGGUUUGCGUACAACUGCCAAGUUCAACGACGCCUACAACCGGGUGUUACAGAGGCCUGAAGGCAUUCCUAGAUGCAACACCUUAGGGUGCAGAAAUUAUGCCAGCAAGAAUGGCCUUUGUAACAGUUGUUACAGUCAGAAUAGUAAUUUUGAGGAAGCCAGAAGGUUUGCCCUUCUUGGUGAAGAUCAAAUCGGCUAAAUAGAACUGUCAGUAGAAUGUUGGUCAAUUCUUGGCUUAGGCGUAUAUCAGUGACAUGGCAUGCUGCAGGUAAACGUCACUGACACUGACGACAGCUCAUCUGUAUAUUUUCAGUUCAUGCUGUGGAAGCCUAAGGACUUUUGUUAUGUUUCUAUAUAGUUUAACUUAUUUGAAUUUUCAUUAAAAGUUUUCACUUAGUAUAAAUACCUUUAGGUGUUUCUUAGAGUCAACUUUACAAAGAAAAUAAAGAAGCAAUAGGAACAUAUGUUAACCAUUGUGUUAUGAUAAUGUGGAUAGGAUUCAUGUAAUUCUCCCAUUACAAGUCAACAUGUAAUUUAAUUAUUAUGCUAAUGUUUGAUGUAGAAAAGUGUUUGUGUAAAUAACUGAAGAACUUUUUCUCACAUGCUUUGAUUCAAUUAGCAUUCAGCACUGAAUUCUUUCUCCUCUGUCCCCACCUUUCACUUUAUCAGUGACAUUUAUUGACAUUACAAGUUACAAUAAAAUUACUUUAUGAAUACUUUUAAUUACAUACUGUGUUUAGUUACUCUACGUUCUAAUUACAAUGGCACCUUUGAAGCUCAUAAGGUUUGAUAUGAGCAAGAGUUAAUUUCGCUUACUAGGAGUAAACAAACAUGAUCAUGACUAAGUGUGCUAUUGCUGAGACGGUAUCAUAUUUUUGAGCAUUUAAAAGCUGUCUUCACAAAAUUUUUUAUUGAAAUAUACAUGGUAAAUAUUCUGUCGAACUAUCUACAUAAAUUGAUGAGUUUUUUGCUAAUAAAUUGAGACAACAAAAGUCACUAUACUGUCAUAACUGUGAUCUGCUUGCAUAGUUACUGAGAGGCAUUGAUGCUAACUCAAAGAAUACAGUCUCAAUGCCUUCAUGGCUUUAUAUGUAGGUUGGUUAAACUAUUGGUCACAUACACCAGCUGUAUGUGGCUGUUAUAUAAUAGCAAUAACAGUCGAAUGAAGACACAUCUCAUUCCAUGAACAUUAAUUCAUGGAAAGGCACUUCAUUUUGUAUAGUUUGUUGAAAGCAAGCAUAAAAAUAUUUCAAUGAAAGGAAAUAGAAAAACAAAACAUAAAAGGAACUAAUUACAGAGUGCAUCAUGCACCAAGUACCAAAUAUUUUGUAAUUUUACUGUAAGUUUAGUACAAAACUUCUGAUGUGACAUGCCAAUUUAUCAGUUUAAUUUUGACAGAUGUUCUCUUCAUUCCUAAUCUUGAAAGUUACAAAAACCUGCACCUGACCUUAAAGUCCUAAGCUUAGUUUCUUUUUGUCUAUUUGGAAACAAAAUGUAUACUGUUCAUUUAUUCUAAGUAUAGCUGGGGCAAAAAGAUCUGCUUCCAUCUGCAUACACACACUGGUUGAUAGAAAAACACAGAUAUUCAUUUACACUUAUAGAUGUUUGUCAAAGUUUGCUUCAGUUGUCACUUGUUUUGACUGACGGAAAGAGCACCAACUCAUGCUACAGAUCUCUUGAGCAAAUCGUAUAAAUAUCAUUAAUUUACUGUUUUUAUGUUGCAUUGGUGAAAGUAGCUGUCUAGGAAAUGUUAAAAUGUGUUUCAAAAGAAGUCUAAAACUUGGUUCCCAUCUGUAUGAAUCCUGCAUUUACAAUAAACAAACCAUGUGUUUUUAUUUUUUGAUGAGGCUUAAACUUUGACGGUACUAUUAGUCAUCAGUUUUUUUUUCACUAGACAAAAUUUGCACUCAAGUCGUGUGCCAGAAUUAUUUUUACAUUUUGUUGUUAAGAUUAAAAUAUUUUAACUGAAUGUUUAUCCACCAGUAUGGCAACUUCUGAAAUCCAUGUCGGGUUUUAAUUACAGUAGGUUAAAAGUCAGGGUUCAGUGAUUAUAUCUACUUCCGUGAUUUUUAUGCAGAUAUAUGACAAUCUAAACUGUGAUGAACUAUAACUAAUGCUAUAUUAAGUUUGUGUUGACUAUCAAUGUUUGUUAAAAGUAGCAGAACAAGAACAAAAUAUAGAACUCAACCUACACCUAAAAUUCAGUUCAUCAGAUUUUAGGGAUCUAGCACAUAUUCCACAUAACAAGAUGGUUAUUAUACAUCUUUUAUAUAUUUAUAUUAUAGUAUAAAUUAUAUUCUCACUUUGUUAGCUAACAGAAAGACUUUUAACAAUAAAAAUGUGGAUUAAUACGUUUAUAGCAUAGAGCGCAUUAAGAUUUUUAACACUACAUGUAGUUCAAAAAUGUCUUGGCCUUAAAGCUUUUGAUUCUCAUGAAACUGGCGGCUUUGUUUACCCCAACUAAGGAAAGUCAUUCACAGGUGAUGACCAUGACAUCAACUUGACAAGCCUCAGCUGACACCAUUGUAAUGUGUACCAUGAUGCUAAAUAAAAAUGUGGAGAAUUUCAUCAACAUCACAGUGAAAUUCUUCUAGCAGCUUUUGUGAAAGUUGUCUAAUGACUUAUCAUGCAAGGCUGCGUGUUUUCCACCAAUUGAUUAAAAAACAAAGUUCAAAGAUGC